AUGGCCAACAACACAUCCGGGGUCAACCUUUGCCCUGCGCCGUUUUGGGAUGCUGCGUUAUUCCCUUCUGAGGGCGGAUUUAUCGAUGGGCGCCUCUGCCAAACAGUAGCAACUAUCCAGUGUUGUCUGCCUUGUCCAAUGACGGACUGGGUCUACCCUGAUCGCUUCGACACCUUGACGGCGGUUGCGAACUGGGUUUCGCUCUUCAGCCAGAUUUGUUGCAUCUUCCUUCUUUUAUCAUGGGCAUUCUUGCCUGUAGAAAAGACCAACCGCCAUUACCUGAGCAUCUGUCUUACAGUCGCCAUUUUGCUUAUGAAUAUGGGUUUCGUGAUUCCUCUCGCAGCACAACCAGAGCAAUGUUUCAAUACGAUCACUCCGCAUAGUAUGCAGACUAGCAAGGUCUGUGGCGCCUCUGGUACAUUUCUCCUUCUUGGUGGUUGGGCAGGUAUCAUGUGGGUGUUUCUCAGGUCGGUAUCCCUUCACCUACAGAUAUGCUGGCAAGUUCUCGUCGGCAAGAACUUCAUGAUCUUUGCUCAGGCAGCUGGAUGGGGCGUCCCUAUCCUGGGUAUAAUUCUGGCUCUCGUCUUCAGCGGCGUCUCGUUCCGUUUUGGUGCUACAUGCCAUAUCAACCACGAGAACAGUCUGGCCGACUUUUGGAUCCCGCUUCUCCUGUUCGCUGGAAUGACCGUUAUUAUUACUUUUGCCACCUUUGGUUAUUGUAUCAAGGUCUACUUGGCAUCCUUGUCUGACAAUGGCGCAUCCUCCGGGGGCUCUAGCUUGCCCACUUAUACACAAAGCAUCAAGACCAUGAACCCAAGGCAGGUCUACCGUCGAGUUCGUCGAGUUAUCGCACUCCAAUGGCGUGGUAUUGCCAUCGUGCUCAUCAUCAUUGCUGAUGUCAUCUUCUUCUCUGUCGUUUUUGUCUUUCAAGACAACGUGGUUCAAUCUGUUACCGACGAUCCUACCAAAGCAGGCGCUUUCGUCGAAUGUCUCUUCAAAGAAAAGGGUAAAAAGGAACCUUGUCUAGAUGAGGCAUCCUCUCUGGUCAUCAACGAAGCAACUGUCACGGCUGUUCUCCUUCUCUUGGCGCUGAAUGGUCUCUGGCUGAUCCUCUUCCUCGGAAGAUGGUCCAUGGUUCAAGGCUGGAUUGACUUGAUCAAGAAGCCAUUUACUCGGAACAAGAAGGAAUUUGUGUCGGUCGACGCACGCGUUGACGUCAAGAACCAUCCACGUUCGUACGAGAUGCUCUCAAGAGAUUCGAGCGCGGCAGUAACACCCAUUACUCCAGUGAAGUCCCCAGAGAGUGGACGAAGAACUCCUGAUUACUUCGGUUCGACUGCCCGCUAUCAUGCGCCAGCGCGUUCCUUUUCGAGCCCCAGGCCUCCGCCUACUGGGCAGGAGACGGCAGAUUCAUAUCCGAUGCCGAAUUAUAGCAAAGAGAUGAACCCCCUCGCCAUGAACCGAACAUGA